UGCUAAUUCGAAAUUAAUUUGUGUGACUGCAGCGUUGAGACAGGAAGGUCGGGGAUUUAUUGAAUCGCUCCCUCCCUGCGCCAAAGGAAGCGAUGAAAUUUCCAAUCGAGACGCCAAGGAAACAGGUGAACUGGGAUCCUCAAGUGGCUGUUCCUGCAGCCGUACCAGCUUGUGAACCCAAGACUAACGAGCCCUACCCAGCUCCACGUCUCUCUCUUUCUUCAAGGACAACUAUGGUUGUGACCAUGGAAACUGCCUCCCAGGGCUUGCAGACAGUCAUGAAGUGGAAAACAGUAGUUGCCAUCUUUGUUGUGGUUGUAGCUUAUCUGGUAACAGGAGGGCUUGUCUUUCGUGCCCUGGAGCAGCCCUUUGAAAGCAGCCAGAAGAAUACAAUAGCCUUGGAAAAGGCAGACUUCCUUCGGGAACAUGUUUGUGUGACCCCAGUAGAGCUGGAGACACUGAUUCAGCAUGCCAUUGAUGCUGAUAAUGCAGGAGUCAGUCCCAUAGGAAACUCAUCCAACAACAGCAGUCACUGGGACCUAGGAAGUGCCUUUUUCUUUGCUGGAACAGUCAUCACAACCAUAGGGUACGGGAACAUUGCCCCGAGCACUGAAGGAGGCAAAAUUUUCUGCAUUUUGUAUGCUAUCUUUGGGAUUCCACUAUUUGGCUUUUUGCUGGCUGGAAUUGGAGAUCAGCUGGGCACCAUCUUUGGGAAGAGUAUUGCAAGAGUGGAGAAAGUUUUCCGAAAAAAACAAGUGAGUCAGACAAAGAUCCGGGUGAUCUCCACUAUCCUCUUCAUCUUGGCAGGCUGCAUUGUCUUUGUGACCAUCCCUGCAGUCAUUUUCAAACACAUUGAAGGAUGGACAGCUUUGGAGUCCAUUUACUUUGUGGUUGUCACUCUGACCACAGUUGGCUUUGGUGAUUUUGUAGCAGGGGGAAAUGCUGAUAUCCAUUAUCGGGAAUGGUAUAAGCCCUUAGUAUGGUUUUGGAUUCUUGUUGGUCUUGCCUACUUUGCUGCUGUCCUGAGUAUGAUUGGUGACUGGCUAAGAGUUCUAUCCAAGAAGACAAAAGAGGAGGUUGGUGAAAUAAAAGCCCAUGCAGCUGAAUGGAAAGCCAACGUGACUGCUGAGUUCAGGGAAACACGGAGGCGACUCAGUGUGGAGAUCCAUGAUAAACUUCAAAGGGCAGCCACCAUUCGGAGUAUGGAGAGGAGGCGCCUAGGGUUGGACCAAAGGGCCCACUCACUGGAUAUGCUCUCUCCAGAGAAGCGCUCUGUCUUUGCUGCCUUGGAGACAGGACGUUUCAAGGCCUCAUCUCAGGAAAGCAUCAACAACAGACCUAACAACCUGCGCCUUAAAGGAACAGAUCAACUCAACAAGCAUGGGCAGGGGGCAUCAGAAGACAACAUCAUCAACAAGUUUGGCUCUUCAUCCAAGCUAACCAAGAGGAAAAACAAAGACCUGAAAAAGAGCAUUCCAGAGGAUGUGAGGAAGAUUUACGAGACCUUUCGAAACUACUCCUUGGAUGAGGACAAGAAGGAAGAGGAGACUGAGAAGAUGUGCUACUCAGAGAACUCUUCUAGCACAGCAGUCCUGACCAAUUGUAUCCAGCAGCACUCAGACCUGGAGAAUGGAAUGAUCCCCACUGAAACCAAAGAAAGGGAACAUGAAAACAAAGCAUUACUUGAAGACAGAAAUUAAAUGUAAAAGAUGCUUGACUUUGAUUAAUGUUAGUGUUUUUUAUACACACAUAUAUAUAUAUAUUGACACGUGCCUUAUACAGACUCCUUAUUCAGUCUGAAUUACAUAGCAUCGAAGAAUAUUUCACUGUGCCAUAAUGACUAAAGCUUGCUCUGCCAAAACAAAACACAGCACAAUGGAAAUAGAAAGCAACACAGGAGAUUACCAUGGCAAAAUGCAAAGAGAGGCUUACCAUGGCAAUACAACCAGAGUGCUACCGCCAGGGCAUAAUAAUUGAAAAGGGCAGCUAUGUUAAAAGAGCUCAUGGGAGGGCAAAAAAAAUGGUUGAGAAUAGUGUAUCUUUUCAGUGGAUUAUGUCUACAUUAAUCCUCCCACUAGGAAUGAAGAAAAGAGGAGAAAUGGUUGGAAUGAACUACAGAUGAGCUAGCAACGUUUAGUAAGGUUUAGUUGACGUUUUGGCACGUGAACCAAGCUAGAUCUUUUUUUAAUUUUUAAAUCAGAUGCAUUACCUUUCUGACUCCAAAAGAAUGUCCAUAGACAUAAGAUCCAGCUGGAUGCUGGUAGCAAAAUCAACGCAGACAUGUUAAAGGGUGUGAUUUGCUUUUUUUCUUUAAAAAAUAUGAAAAUACAAAAAAAACCCACACUGUUGAUACUUAUCUUAACCAAUGACAAAAAAAUUAGAAAAAGGAAAAAAACCAAAAAAAAAAAAAAAAAGGAAUUUUAUUCUCUCUCUUAUUGGAAGUAUACAAUAUAAACUCACAAAUGCUGAAGAAAUCACAACUUCUAAUGCUACAAUGUUUAAAAGAGGAAAAACAAAAUUUCAAAUGAAGUUUUGUUUGGCGCAUGAAACAGUGGGCCAGCAAUUUUUAAAAUUUUAUUGUUCACACUUUAUAUCACUGAAGAGAAUUCAGUUUUAAUGCCGUAAUACUCUAAAGACAGAAAAAAAAGCUAUAGGCUUUGCAUGAUAUCAGCAACCUGCUGUUCUCUGUAGCUGAAUUUGAAUUUUAAAGAAUAGGCAUAAGAGUAUAUCUAAAACUAAGAUGAGGGCCAGAGCAACCUUAGAAUCUCAGGGCUCUAUGUCCCGUCUGGUGGGUUGGGGUUUAGACAUGAGCUUCAGUCAUAAUCUCAAAAAAAAGAAAAAA